AGUGAUUUCCUCUGGGUUACCGCGCAGGCGCAAGAGAAGGCGAGGCGCCGCGAGUCGUAGAGACGCUGUUUGCGGGUCUCCGUGCGGGACCGGGGCGCAGCGGGGUCCCUGAGGCGACGGUGUCAUGUCAGACAACGAGGACAAUUUUGAUGGUGACGACUUUGAUGAUGUGGAGGAGGAUGAAGGGCUAGAUGACUUGGAGAAUGCUGAAGAGGAAGGCCAGGAGAAUGUCGAGAUCCUCCCCUCUGGGGAGCGACCGCAGGCCAACCAGAAGCGAAUCACCACACCAUAUAUGACCAAGUACGAGCGAGCCCGUGUGCUGGGCACGCGAGCGCUCCAGAUUGCGAUGUGUGCCCCUGUGAUGGUGGAGCUGGAGGGGGAGACAGAUCCUCUGCUCAUUGCCAUGAAGGAACUCAAGGCCCGAAAGAUCCCCAUCAUCAUUCGCCGUUACCUGCCAGAUGGGAGCUAUGAAGACUGGGGGGUGGACGAGCUCAUCAUCACCGACUGAGCUGGAGUCAUCUUCCUGCCCUUGCCCAAUUUUCAUUCCCACUUUAUAUGUGUAAAUAAAAUAUUCAACUUUCCAACCCCCUU